AUGUUUUCUUUCAAAGGCGGCGGACAAUUCAUCAUUGGACAGGACCAAGAUACGCUAGGUGGCGGGUUUUCCAGCCCCGAAGCGUUCAUUGGUCAAAUUACUCAGCUGAACAUGUGGAGUAGAAGUCUGUCUCUAAGAGAUAUUGAAUCACUACGACAAAAUUGUUCGUCAGAAAUGGGUGACGUCAUAGCCUGGGCGGAUAUAUCCGGGAAAGCAAAAGGCGCCGUCUCUGAUACACCUGUGGAGUUUUGUAAAGACUGUCCGGCACUCGAUGAUAUCAGCAAUGGCAAAGUUACCUACACCGGUUUGACCGCGGGAUCAGAGGCCUCGUAUAGCUGUAAAAAAGGAUACGAUCUAGCUGGUCGCAGGACAAGACUUUGUAUUAUUACUGGAGAAUGGGAGGGUGCUGUGCCAGUAUGUGCAGAAAUAAAGUGCAAAAUUCCGGUGCUGUCAGAAAACACACUCGUGACAAAUCCAACAGAAGAUAACAAAUACCCUCCUGGCACAGACGUGUUUUUUGAGUGUAAAGAAGGAAAUGAGUUCUUCACUGAACACACAUCCGUCUAUUGUCAAGACGACGGAACAUUUGAUAUGAGUAUACCGACUUGUGAUCCGCAGAAAUGUGGGCUCCCGCCGAAUAUAGAAAAUGGAAAAUUUUCUAAUGAUGCAAAACUAGAAGAGUUUCCCGUUGCCUUUACGGCACAAUAUAAAUGCAAUUUCGGAUAUAUGUUUUCGCAGAACAGUCUGAACCCAUCAGGUAAAGUUAACUGCCUCGCCACAGGGAAAUGGGAAGCCAAUCUUCCCGAAUGCGUAGUUGUGACGUGCCGGGAUCCAAUCGACAUACCAUAUGGUCAAUAUCAGAAAGCUGGAAACACUUUCCUAGAUCAGGUACGCUACAGUUGUGAUCAAGGGUAUGACCUUUCACACACUGAUGUCUUGGAGUGUUUCGAAACUGGAGAAUGGAGUAUAGCAGCACCUGAAUGCAUUCCUGUGCAAUGCGGACAGCCCGAUGAUAUACUGCACGGGCAUUUCGAAGGCGACGUAUUUACAUACAAAAAAACUGUUAGUUAUAAAUGUGAUCUAGGUUAUGUACUUACUGGCGGGGAUGAGCAACGACAAUGCCAGGCAGAUACCUUCUGGAGUGGCACAGCUCCUGCGUGUAAACCGGUGUCAUGUGGCAAACCAGAAAUCAUAGAAAAUGGACAGUGGAAAGGCAGGGACUAUACGUUAAACAACGUCAUUCGUUAUGUUUGCGAUGCUGGGUACGAAUUAGACGGACCCGAGGAAAGAAUUUGUCGCGAAACUGGGAAGUGGCAAAAUCAAUCGCCGGUUUGUAAUAAAAUAAAAUGUCCUACACCACCUUCAGUUGACAACGGGUUCUACACGGGAAACUCGUUCUUUUUCCAAGAUACUGUGACAUAUUCCUGUGAAAAUGGCUUUACUAUGGAAGGAGAAGCUUUGCUUCUAUGCUUAGGAAGUAAACAAUGGUCUCAAGCUCCACCAACAUGUAAUCGUAUUGUAUGUUAUAGUCCGCCUAGAGUGAAUAACGCGAUUUAUUCCAAUCCACAAGCGCUUGAAACUUUCAAUAUUGGCGACAGGGUGACAUAUCAAUGUAAUGCUGGCUAUGAAUUAUCUAUAAAUAGUUUGAACCCUCGAGGAGAAAUCGAAUGCUUAGAGACAGGAUUAUGGGAAGCAAAUUUACCAGAAUGUUUUUUAGUAAAAUGUCCCCAGCCAUUGCCUAUUCAAUAUGGAAAUGCCGUUGUUUCGAGUGUAAAUCUUGAAUUCGGAAGUUUUGUAAGAUAUAUUUGUAAUGAAGGUUAUGAGCUACAAGGGGAGGCAAGUUUAACUUGCCAGUCAGAUUCUACCUGGUCUGGGGUGGCACCGACUUGCCAGGCUAUUGAAUGUGUGGCGCCACCAUUCGUACUAAAUGGCCGGUUGGAUUACAAGGACUUGAAAUUAGGUUCAGUUAUUAGAUACAUGUGUAAUGAAGGACACGAAUUAACUGGCCUUGAGGUACGUCGUUGCUUAGCAAAUUUAACGUGGGAAGGUGAAGAACCUGUGUGUUCACCGGUUGAUUGUGGGGUACCAGACAGCAUUGAUAAUGGCAUAAUUGAAUAUGAAAACACCUUAUUUCAAGCGUCUGUGCAAUAUAGCUGUAAUACCGGAUAUAUCCUUGGUGGUGACAGAACUCGUUCAUGUACUAAAGAAAAAAGAUGGAGUGGUGAGGUCCCUUCUUGUGAAAUUGUUCAGUGUGACAAACCAUCCCAUAUUAUAUCGAAUGGACGUAUGUUAGGGGAAGUGUUUACUUAUGGAUCAGUUAUUUCAUACGAGUGUGACCCGGGUUAUUACAUAGAUGGAUUAUCAAACAACAGAACGUGUCUUGCUUCCGGUGAAUGGAAUAGACCAAUACCAGUAUGCACAGCCGUUGAAUGCCCGAGACUUAAUAUCCGGAAUGGGUUUACGUCAGGUUUUCAAACCGAAUUUGGCACCACAGUUGCAGUGACGUGUCGUUCUGGUUACAGACUUCAAGGGGCAUCUAAUCGCACGUGCCAAGAGGAUGGUUCGUGGAGUGGGGAACAGACUGUCUGCAUAAAGUACGCCUGUCCGAGGCUCGAUCCUCCUGUGAAUGGUCAGGUUUUAGUUCGUGGGGGGACGGCUACGUACAUAUGUCUAGAGGGAUACACGAUGACUGGACCGAACGUUCGAGAAUGUCAGAGUGAUGACACAUGGAGCUUAACAGCACCAACAUGUGGAGGUGUACAAUGCCAAGAUAUAACAUCGGGGGGAUUCCAAAAUGGUGUGAUGACCUUCGAUCAACUAACAUACGGUUCUAGUAUAAUAUUUGAAUGUAAUCCGGGAUAUUCCUUGGUUGGAGAGCGCAAGUUAGAUUGUCUCUAUGACGGAUCUUGGAGCGGCGUGAUGCCAUUUUGUGACAAGAAAACGUGCUUUCCACCGUUUGUUCCAUCAAAUGCUCAGCUAGUUGGUACAGAUUUUUCGUUCGGGGCAACAGUAAGUUUCCAGUGCGACGAAGGUUAUAGAAUAACCGGAAAUACAGAGCGACAAUGCCAGGCUGACGGGUCUUGGUCAGGUUCGUCACCAACCUGUCUCUUUAUCAUAUGUCCGAGACCAGAGCCUAAUAGAAACGUUAUUGUAAGUGGCACUGAUUACACCUAUGGUAACCAACUUGAAUAUCUAUGUAAUGCCGGCUAUGUUCUCGAUGGACCAAGCACUAGAAUAUGUACGGAAAGUGGCGAAUGGUCCGGAAAAGAACCGGAAUGUUUAAGAAACGAAUGUCCAAGGCCGCCGCCUUUACAAAAUGGGCGUUACUUUGCAUCGAGUUAUUCACAAGGCAGUAAUAUAAUUUACUCAUGUAACGAAGGGUACGAGCUCGUUGGCAUAGGUGUUCGUUUGUGUUUAGGGACACAUGAGUGGUCAGGGAGUGAUCCGUACUGUCAGAAAGUUAAAUGUGCUAAUCCACCGCCUAUAGAUAAUGGGUUCUUCAGCGGGAAUGAGUUCUUUUAUGAAGACAUUAUUGAAUAUCAAUGUAACACAGGCUAUGAAAUUGUGGGACAAGCACAACGCAAGUGCCUCUCUAAUGGUCGAUGGGGCGGAGCUGAUGCGACUUGUAUAAAAAUAACAUGUGGUCCCCCACCUAUUAAGCUCAAUGUUGUAUAUGACAUACCAGGCGGGGAAAAAGAAGGGAGUUUCGAAGCCACAGCCUCACUAUCAUGUGAGGAAGGUUAUCGCGGUAUUGGUGUGAGUUCUCAACGGUGCCAAGCUAAUGGUCAAUGGUCUGAAUCUAAUUUUGUCUGUGAAAUUGUCACAUGUCCUGCAUUUCCGGAUGUUCGGAAUGGCAGAGCUAUAGGCAAUGGGUUUCAGUUUGGAAAUGAACUUGAAAUCCAGUGCGACGAAGGGUAUUAUUUAGUAGGAAAAGCAAGACCAAGGUGCGGCCCUAAUGGAGACUGGGAUUAUGAAAAUGAGCCGCCACACUGUGAGAUAUCCGGGUGUCCUGACUUACCGAAAAUAACAAAUGGAUUGACCAGUGAGACAGGGUCAGGAAUUGGUUUAACUGUGACAUACAGAUGUAAUGACGGAUAUAGACUUCAGGGGUCGGACCGACGGACAUGCCAGAAAGAUGGUUCAUGGAGUGGCUCGGAUCCCUAUUGUAGAUUGAUUUUAUGCGAAGUACCACCAUUUAUUGAGCAUGCAAUUCCUUUUAAUGCCCUAACACAAUAUUUAUUUAAUUCUAAAGCACGUUACGUUUGUGAAACUGGAUAUGAAUUGUCGGCUGGAGACAGUUUAUUAACGUGUUCCGCGUCUGGUACAUGGGAAGGUAUUAUUCCAACAUGCUCGCUUGUGCAAUGUGGGGAGCCAACGCAAGUCGCAAACAGCAAAGUUGCUGUAGCCUCGUACAAUUUUAAAGGCGAGGCUCAGUAUUUGUGUUACCUGGGAUACAGAGUGAAAGGUUCUUCUUCAAUAAUAACAUGUGAUGAGAAUGGAAACUGGCUUGGUGCGACACCUGAAUGUGUACCGAUAGAUUGCGGUCCGCCACCGUAUGUUCCUAACUCUUUAAAAAUUGAUUCGAAGAAUUACACUUACAAAAGUGUUAUUCAAUACAUUUGUGAUGUAGGAUUCACUCUUAUCGGUCAAAGGACGACAUCAUGCCAAGCUACUGGUGUAUGGUCGGGCAAAACUCCCGUUUGUGAGCCAAAAUCAUGCGGGACUCCGCCUCCUAUUGACAAUGCUAUUUACAUCGGUAAUUACCAUUUCUAUAAAUCCACUGUAACAUACAAAUGCUUCCCAAAUUUUGAAAUCUCCGGAAAUCCAACGCUGACUUGUUCAUACACAGGGGCAUGGAUAGGCGAUAGACCGGAGUGUCAUGCUGUGACAUGCGGUCCACCACCAGUGUUUCCUCAUUCUUCCACAACAAUGCCAAUGGAAGCUUAUGUCAAUAGUGUUGUUACGUUCACAUGUAAUGACGGCUUUUACUUAAUCGGUAGUGCAACAGCAAGGUGUACGGAAAACAAGCAAUGGCAGUAUGAGGGAGGCGAGACAGCAUGUUUACGUCUCGAUUGCUACGAUCCCCCACAAAUGCCAAACGGCGGCAGGAAAUUUGUCGGAACAUUGUUCGAAUCUACAGUGGAUUAUUUCUGUGACGAAGGUUACAUAUUAUCUGGACAGAGUUCUUUAGUUUGUGGUAUCUCAGGGCAAUGGGAAGGAAAGCUUCCUAUUUGCGAGUUAGUAAAUUGUGGUGUACCACCAUUUAGCGACCACAUGACAGUCACUGGAGACAGUUUCACAUAUCAAAGUACAGUAACAUAUAUGUGCGAGAAAGGGUAUAAAGCAAAAGGUCGCCUUGUCUCAGAGUGUACAUCAUCCGGGAGAUGGUCUAACCAGCCACCACAGUGUGAACGGGUGACAUGCCAACGUCUUACAUUACCAGAGAAUGUUUUAAUUCUAAACGGAAAUCUUGGAAGUGAGAACGGAUAUGGGGAUCAGAUCGUGUUAGGAUGUGAUUCAGGUUACAACAUGGCCGGUCUGGGACAACUUGACUGCCUAGAGACGGGAUUGUGGAGCUCUGAUCCUCCAGCGUGUACACCCAUUCCAGGAGCACUUGCAUGUGCAGCUGACACAGGUGUUGAACAUGCACGUGCGUUAAGCGAUGCACGACCAGUUGGCAAAGUAGAGACACUUGAAUGUGUUGAGGGCUUUACUGCGUCAGGGGACGUAACUAUAAUUUGUCAAGAAAAUUCAACAUGGUCUGACCCUGCUGGGUCCUGUUCAAGAGUGUUCUGUGGUAAGCCAAGAUUACGCGACUUUGUGAAUGUGGUACGUAUACAGGGUGCGUCAUAUUACUUUGGAGACAAGAUCAACUUCAAAUGCCGGUCCGGUGUGGCCCCGGCCAGGUCACCGCCGAUAAUACGGUGUAUGAGUGAUGGCACCUGGGACGGCGACAUCAAAUGCGGAGUGACAUGUAAGAGACCAUGCCAACAUGGUGGUAUUUGUCUGGGUCUGAACCGGUGUAAAUGUCGUUCUGGCUAUGGUGGUCAGGUUUGUGAAAGAGCGAUUUGCAUACAUCCUUGUUUUAAUGGUGGUAAAUGUACGUCUCCUUAUUCCUGCACGUGUAAACAUGGAUAUAAAGGUACACGUUGUGAGAGAGCUGUGUGUGAUAAACCGUGCCAAAAUGGCGGGAAAUGCAUGCGACCAAACAAAUGCCGUUGCCGUUACAAAUACAGCGGACAGUUCUGUGAAAACAAGAAAUUUUAAAACUAUUAUGU